UGUUCCAGGCACAACAUGGAUGCAGGAGAUCACUCCCCUGAUUCAGAGUGGAGGAGACUUGACUUCGGUUCUGACCCAGCUUAACUGGGACCGGGUUCCCUGGCUGGAGGAACACAGGGCCCAGGUUCUCAACCUGGAACAGAGGCCUUCGCCUCGCCUGUUUGCAACACACUUCCACUAUGACAUGAUGCCCCAGUCCUUCUUCAAGGACAAGCCCAAGGUGAUUUACAUCAUGAGGAACCCCAGAGAUGUGUUCACAUCUUCCUACCAUUAUUAUGGGAUGGCCUCCUACCUGGUUAAUCCCCAAUCACAGGGCGAUUUCUUACAGAAGUUUCUCAGUGGAAAAGUUAUGUUUGGUUCAUGGUUCGACCAUGUUAAGGGUUGGUUGAAUGCAAAGGACCAGGACCGUGUUAUGUACAUCUCCUAUGAGGAGAUGAUAUGGGACCUGAGGGAUUCUGUUGCCAGGAUUGCCCUCUACAUGGACAGUUCCUUAACCCCCGAGGUGGUUGAGAAGAUAGCAGACCACUGCAUGUUCAAGAACAUGAAGCAAAACAAGAUGUCCAACUACUCCCUGGUACCCAGCGAGUUCAUGGACCAGACCAAAUCAGAAUUCCUCAGGAAAGGAGUCGUAGGAGACUGGAAGAACCAGCUCACUGUGGCCCAAGCAGAGUUAUUUGAUGCUGUUUACAGAGACAAAAUGAAGGAUGUCAUAUACAAAUUUGUGUGGAACUGACUUUCCUUAUAGCCAUUAUAGUUUAAUAAGUGUAAUAAAUAACAUACAGUACAUAUGUUCCGAGGCAACUGUUUAGAUCAACUGCCUUCAUGUCCCAGUUUGAAAAUGGGAGCUCAGUUACAAAUUAUCUUGACUAUCUUCCCACCAGGUGUGUAGGUUUGUUUUCUAAUGUUGGUGGGACAACUUUUAUAACUGAGGAUGCAGUCGUUAGAUAUAAUCUUCUUAAUAAAAAGUGUGGGCGGGGUGACAAAUUGACCGUUUUCAAAAAGUGUCAUUAUACAAAGUUCAUGUGUAAUGAAACUUUAGCCCCUGCUUCUAUCUGUUAGUAGUUGAAGCAGUAGUGAACAAUCUGCCUCAGGUGUGUUUAUUUGAUCAUCAUGUCUUUUAGACAUAGUACACAUAAAUGUGAUAUGUGAUUUCAAACAUGUCAAUGUGAUGUUUUGCUGACUCAUCACUGUGAAAAGUAAAAACCUAAUUAAACACAAAUAAUGAUUGAAAAAC